GCCCUCCCCAAGAUGGCGACACAGCCAAGGGAGGAGUCCGGGACCGCUAGAAUGUCUAGACCUUUCCUUCCUUUCCCUUCUUUUCACACGAACAGCGAACUUCCACCAACACUUGUUCUUUUUCCUGGUUCAGAGAGUCUUGGAGCGGAGAGAAAAGGAUUGCCUGCAGGGAUUGGGGCAAAUACCCAAGGGGAGAGGCGGAACUUCCGCGUCCUGCCGGAAGUGACGAGACAGUCGCGAUCGCCGCCAGGUGGAACGGCAGGUGGGUUCAGGUGCCAGCCUGGCCCAGGCCUGGCUGUGGGACCGACUCUCUCGGUGAGCGACCGAAGAGGCUCCCAAGGGUCUGGAGACCGCAGGGCGGAUUCUGGAAUCCGAGCCCAUCGCCCUGGCCUGGGGUCGUCCCCUGUACCAAACCCAGUUCCCCAUUCCCCUCCCGAGCUGGGCAGUUAGCCAGUCGGCCCCAACUCUUGGAACCAUGUUUGCAGACUUAGACUAUGACAUCGAGGAGGAUAAAUUAGGCAUCCCCACUGUGCCUGGGAAGGUCACCCUGCAGAAGGAUGCUCAGAACCUGAUUGGGAUCAGCAUUGGAGGAGGGGCCCAGUACUGUCCCUGUCUCUAUAUUGUCCAGGUAUUUGACAACACACCUGCAGCCUUGGAUGGCACCGUGGCAGCUGGUGAUGAGAUCACCGGGGUCAAUGGCAGGUCAAUCAAAGGGAAAACCAAAGUAGAGGUGGCAAAGAUGAUCCAGGAGGUGAAGGGGGAGGUGACCAUCCAUUACAACAAGCUGCAGGCGGACCCUAAGCAGGGCAUGUCCCUGGACAUUGUGUUGAAGAAAGUCAAACACCGGCUGGUGGAGAACAUGAGUUCAGGUACAGCUGAUGCCCUGGGCCUGAGCCGUGCCAUCCUGUGCAAUGAUGGGCUGGUAAAGCGACUGGAGGAGCUGGAACGCACUGCUGAGCUGUACAAAGGGAUGACGGAACAUACCAAGAAUCUCCUACGGGCCUUUUAUGAGCUGUCGCAGACGCACCGGGCCUUUGGGGACGUGUUCUCUGUGAUUGGGGUACGGGAGCCGCAGCCAGCAGCAAGUGAGGCCUUCGUGAAGUUUGCUGAUGCACACCGCAGUAUUGAGAAGUUUGGCAUUCGGCUACUGAAAACCAUCAAACCGAUGCUGACGGACCUGAACACGUACCUCAAUAAAGCCAUCCCUGAUACGCGUCUCACCAUCAAGAAAUACCUGGAUGUGAAGUUCGAGUACCUGUCCUACUGUCUAAAGGUGAAGGAGAUGGACGACGAGGAAUACAGCUGCAUUGCCCUAGGAGAGCCCUUAUACCGAGUGAGCACAGGCAACUAUGAAUACCGCCUGAUCCUGCGCUGCCGCCAGGAGGCUCGAGCCCGCUUCUCCCAGAUGCGCAAGGAUGUGCUGGAGAAGAUGGAGCUGCUCGACCAGAAGCAUGUCCAGGACAUCGUCUUCCAGCUGCAGCGCUUCGUGUCUACCAUGUCCAAGUACUACAAUGACUGUUACGCGGUGCUUCGGGAUGCCGACGUCUUUCCCAUUGAGGUGGACCUGGCACACACCACUCUAGCCUAUGGCCCUAACCAGGGUGGCUUCACUGAUGGAGAGGAUGAGGACGAGGAUGAGGAGGAUGGGGCAGCUAGGGAAGUGUCCAAGGAUGCACGUGGGGCCACUGGGCCCAUGGACAAGGGCGGAAGCUGGUGUGACUCCUGAGUGCCCCCUCAAGUGGACCUGGGGGGCAGGGCAGCGGGAGGAGCCCCCCCGAGUCCACAUGCACACCUUGGCAGCCUAUAUUUAUUUGUUUCUGGCUUAGCCUCAAGGGCUGGAUGCUGGGCCUGUAUUGAAUAAACAGAAACCCAGACAGAAUGGAUGGGCUCCUUGCAAUGGC